UGAAGACCACUGUUAAACGACACACGGCUCCGGGGAAACCGUCAAGUCAGCUCUUCUCCUUGUGAGAGCCCGUGUGUCUUCUCUCCUCCUUUGGCCUGACGUGAACACAAGCCCGCGCCCGAAGCUGGGCUGAUCAGAUCUGAGGCUCACAGCCGCUGGUUGUGUGUGAAGAUGGCCAGCAAGGAAGGCGAGUAUCGGAUUAACAUCUCUUCAAGGUCAGUCAAGUCAGUGCUGAACAGUGAGAGCGACGAACGAAUCAGACGUGUCCGUUGCCUGCGCUUCCUUCUGAGUGCAGGCAUGAAAGAGGCGGCGAGAAGGAGUCCUCACCAUGGAUGCAGGUCGGUGAACCUCACGACGAUUCCAUGCGCAAUGACGCGGCCGUCUGUCAAUCUGUCCAAUGUGUGUGUGGGUGUGUGCAGAGGUUCCCGCUGGAUCUGCUGUCGAUUGUGUUCUUCCUCGCCGUCGACUAUGCUCUCCGGCGGCUCUUCACAUGGCUAGAAAUUCCCUUCCCCAGCAACCUGGCGGGCAUGCUGCUGGUGCUGGCGACACUGCUGGUCCUCAACGCCACCCGCCCCGCUGUCGCAUUGCGGGCUUUCACCUUCCUCAUGCGCGGCACAACGUUCCUAAAGGUGCGGAGGGGAUGUGUCGGUGGGCUGUGUGACGCAUUGUGUGCAUUGUGAUGCUUGUCUUCAGAUCUGGCUGCCCGUGUGGUUCGUUCCGAAUCUGAUCAAUCUGCCGCUGAUGGACGUGGGGCAGCCGGUGCGCAUCGCGGCCGUCAUCUUGUGCGGCAUGCUCUUCACGCUGCUCACCACGGCAGGAGUCGUCACCCACGUCAAGUCACUCGCACAACGCGCCACAGCCAGCGAGCGUCAGCCGCUGACCGUGUCCAUCCCCGAGAGGACCAGCAAGAAAGGCGCUUCGUCAUCUGCCGCCGCGUCGCUCCCAUUCUCUGCGCGGCUGAGCAUGUGCCUGGCUGCGGGGAUGUGCGUGUGCUUCCUGCUGGCCGUCGCCUUAUGGUGGUGUGACGACGUUAUUCGGUCCUCUGGCGCCCGCUCUGCGGUGGUCUGGCAGUCGCACAUACGGCUGGAGAAGGGGUUCCUGCUGCUGCUGAUCCUCUGCACCUAUGUGUUUGGCGCCCGGCUGCCGCCAAGAGUGACCAAGAUAGCCCACCCACUGCUGACGUGCGCCUUCCUGACGUGGGGAGGCAUGCUGCUGUAUGCGGUUGCCGUCCCCGGUCCACCACCUUUUGACCGUUCCCGGGAGUGGUGGAGGCUGCUGAACGGGCUGGUUGUCAAGGCGCCGCAGUCCAUCGAGCAAUUUGGUGGCCAUGGAAGGAUGGAUGGAUUGAUGGAUGGAUGGGGAGGGGUCCCUAGCUGAGCUGCAUGUGUUGUCUCUCCCUCUCUGUGGGUGAGUGCAGGUGCGGGCAAUUUCCUGUUGAUGUUCCUGGGUCCGGCAGUGGUGUCGUUUGGCGUGUCGAUCUUCGACCAGCGUGUGCUCAUCCGCGAGAACGCAGCCGCCAUAUCGAGCGGCGUCGCCUACGCCACCGUGGGGUCCCUGCUCUUCACCGCCCUCUUCACACGAGCCAUCAACCUCGAACACGAUGUAAGUCACAUACACACACACCCACACACACACAGAGAGAGCGAGAGAGAGAACCUUCCCUGUCUGGCUGUUUCUGUCAGUGCCGACUGUGUAUGCUGCCCCGCUCUGUGACGAUCCCGCUGGCGUUGGAGAUCAACAAGCUCAUCGGCGGCGAGGCCGGGCUCGUGGUGUCCUUCUGCCUGGUCACCGGCCUCCUGGGCUCCCUCUUCGGCAAGCAGAUCCUGUCGGCGUGUCGGGUGACAGACCCCCCCACCAGAGGGCUGUCGCUAGGGGCGGCCAGCCAUGGGCUGGGGGCGGCGGCGCUGAAUGACGAGAAGGAAGCCUUCCCCUUCGCCGCCACGUCGAUGGCUUUGAACGGCGCGUGCAGCGCCAUCCUGAUUGCGAUCCCAUUUGUGAGGACUGCUGUGCUGGCCCUGGCUGGGUGUGAGGCUGCGUGUGAGUGAGGGGAGGGAGGGAAUAUACUCACCAAGGGAUUGGCUAGAGAGGGAUUGGCCAGAGAGGGAUGGAUGGAUGGAUGAAGGGAGAGAGAAGACCAUUUGUGUGAGAGAUGGGGAGGGUUGGGGUGGUGCGAGAGUGUCGAGAGUGUUGUUUGGAUAAGCUUGUUAAUGAAAUCAUGUAUGUCAUCACGGCAAGCAAGGCAAGGCAAGGCAACAGACGAGAGAGACACUAAUUGUGGACCGGACCGCCUACUCACUAUGUCUGUCACGGGGAAUGUUGAUACACUGACACAUCACGACGACACUCCGAUAAAGCGAC